AUGGCAAAAAUCAAAUCAGGAACACAGGUCAACCGUAGAACCGCGAAAUGGCGGAAUCCACCCGCAGUCGGGGGCGGUUUUUACGCUCUUCGGGGAUUUUCCGAUGGAUUGAGCCAGCUCGUUGCCCACUGUUUUCCGACAUCGCCGGACAUACAAAGAGUCGACGACACGAUCAACACAACUUCCCUUCCUCAAAACAUCUGCAUCGUCGUCAAUACCAUGGAGACAGAGACGCAGGUCCAAGAGAGCGAAUCGCCGCCCCGUCUACUCCUGAAGCUCAUCAGUGCCGGUUUCGCUUUCUUCGUGGCCGGUAUCAACGAUGGCAGUCUGGGCGCCCUAAUCCCCUAUAUACGCGAGGCCUACCAGAUCGACACCAACCUUGUCGCCGUCGUAUACGGCACCACCUUCGCCGGCUGGUUUGUCGCUGCCCUCAGCAACAGCCACCUGGGCCAAUAUCUGCAUCUCGGCGUGUUCCUCGUGCUCGGAGCCGCUAUGCAGGUGCUUGCCCACGCGCUGCGAACCUGGAUGCCCCCGUUCGGUUUAUUCGCCGUGACCUUCUUCUUCGCCGCCCUCGGCCAAGCCUACCAGGAUACCUACGCCAACACGUUCGUCGCGUCCGUCAAAGCCGCCCAUCGAUGGCUGGGCUUCAUCCACGCCAUGUACAUGGCCGGGUGCCUGGUUGGACCGUUUGUGUCGACCGCGGUCGCGUCGGCGGGAACGCAGUCGCGGUGGAAUUUAUUCUAUACGGCGCCGUUGGGACUCGGUGUGGUGAAUCUGGUGCUGGUGCUGGUGGCGUUCCGGGACUCUCUAGCUUUCAAACACGGCGUGAAUACUGGUCAAGAAGCGCGGUCGGGAAAGAUCGCAUUGCAGGAGAUAUGGCAGACGUUGUCGCUGCCGAGCGUCUGGGUGUUAAGUUUGUAUUUCUUUUUCUUCCUGGGGGCUGUGAUUACGGCGGGAGGGUGGAUCGUCGAAUAUCUGGUUCAUGUGCGCGAUGGAGACCUCAAGCAGAUGGGCUAUGUCCCUGCUGGCUUCUAUGGCGGUGCCUUCAUCGGCCGAUUGGUACUAGCAGAGCCGACGUAUCGACUGGGCGAGCGACGCAUGAUAAUCGUCUACGUGUUGCUUUGUCUGGCCUUGGAGCUAGUGUUCUGGCUGUGUGUAUCCCAGUUCUCAGAUGUACCAAAUAUCAUCACCGAAGCGGUCGCCGUCAGUCUAUUGGGAUUCUUCUCAGGCCCCUUCUUCGCAACGGGGAUAUCCGUGGCGUCGAAAUUAUUCAGCGUGGAGAUCCGAUCCUCGGCUUUGGCGUUUAUCUUCGUCCUGGGUCAAGUGGGCGGGGCAAUCUUCCCGGCCAUUACGGGAGUUCUUGCGGCGCGUUCGGGAGUCAAGGUGUUACAGCCGAUUCUGGUGGGAUUAUUAGGUGCUACGGGGGUGACGUGGUUGAUGCUGCCAAAGGGAAGACUUCACCAUGAUUGA